CGGCAGGUGCUGGAGGACAGUGCAGUGAUCAUGUUCUAUGGUGUCUCGCUCUUGUGACAACGAUAAUGAGUUAGGAAAAAAGAUGUUUGCCUUCAGUGGCUGACUUGUGUAUCUUACUUACCGUAUAUAUAGUGAAUGAUUAAUGCUGCAAGAUGAUUUGCAACAGCGGAUUGCUUAUCACCAGGAAGCUGAAGGAGCUUAUGUCUGGCGGGGACAUGGCCCCCAGCAGGCGACCCCCGCCCACCAAGGCCGUCCUGCCUCCCAUCAGUGCCGAGCCCACGCGCCUCCCCGCGCCCCCACACGAGCCUCGCUCCUCGUCACCGCCUGAGGACUUUUUCAAAUCGAGUGUCGAGAUCUUGGACUCCUGGGACACCUUUGAGAGCCCGGCGGUGGUGUGUGCCUCGCUGGAUUCGACGCGCCCCUCGGGCUGUGCCUCACUAAACCGCCCCUCAAAGCCUCGAGCCGAAUUCACCAAGAUCAACGGCAAGACAGUGAGGCUGUACUCCAGCCUGCCCCGCCACAAGCCAAAAGGCCUCUUCACGCCCCAGCUGCCGACCACCCACCGCCAGCACCCCAGCAGGGAUCCGCCUGCACGCCCACCGCUGGAGAUGGGCGUGGCGAGUCGCAGAGAUGACUCGGGCAACGCUAACUACGUGGCCUUAUCAGACAUCUACGCUGAGCUGCCCCGUAAAAAGAAGAAACCGUGCAUGGUCGAUGACUGUAGCUCCGUCCACCACCACUCCGAGUCUGAGCCUCACCCCACCCCCCGUGCUGCUCACGCCCCUGCCACAGCCACGGUCUCAAAGUCUUCCUCCACAAAGAGUCUCGCCAAGAAAUUCAACACUCUUGACUUCUCUCGGAAGAAGCACGAGAGGCUGACUGUUUUCCAGAAAUUCAGCUCCCUGGACCGCGGAUGGCGCUCCUUCGUGACGUCCAGGAAGAGCAACAGCAGCAGCAGCAGCAAAGCCUCGCCCUCAGAGCCGCCGCCGGAGCAGGAAGAGCCACAGGCGCCGAUCCUUUCCGUGUGGAGGGAGGGUGAGCACCGCCGAGAGGCCGCUGACACCACCUCGCUGACAGAAACAGUCGGCACCCACCGCCGCCAGUACCUCCAUCAUUAUGAACAGCGCCAGUACUACCACCACUACCACCACCAGGCUCAACAGCAGCAGCAGCAGCAGCAACAGCAGCAGCAGCAGCAGCAGCAGCAGCAACAACAACAACAACAACAACAACAACAACAACAACAACAACACUAUUACGAAUACCAUCAACAGAAUCAUGAGCCCCACCAACUAAAGCGACAAUAUCGGCAUCAACACGAGUACCAACAACAACAACAACAACAACAACAAGAGAAUAACCUUAACCACUACGAAUACACACGUGAAUACCAACACCACCAACACCAACACCAACAACAACAACAACAACAAACCCAACAGCGACCACAGCAACCACCACCACCACCACCACCAGGCCGUCAGUUGGUGGCGGUGGAAGACUCAAGCACGAAGCAAGAGGACACGUGGGGAGCCUCACCAGCGGAGGACAACAAAAAAUCGUCACCGAGCACCCGGACCAAGGCGGAGGAGACGAAGGCUGGAGUGCCACAAGAAGGGGACCACCGGAGCGGCACUAGAGACGAGCCUAACGAGUGCCCUUAUCAGUGCCACACCCUCCCUAAAGCACACCGCGAGGUGCGCACCUGUCAUCGGCCCAGCAACUCCCUGCGGUCCAGCAAGGUUCCUCUGGCCACCUGGGAACCCUUCUUCUGCGUCCUCCUUCAGGAUGAGAAGACCUUCACCUCCUACCGCUCCGAGGAGAUGUCGGUGAUUCCGGGCGCGACCAUCCGCCCGCACACCAACAAGCUGAUCGGAGACUCCCUCUUCUAUGACCUGCCCCGCAUGCGGCUGGACGGCGGAGCUCGGGCCUUCCGACGGCGGUGGGGCUACGAGCUCACGCCGCCGCCCACGCUGGUCGAGGAGGAAAACGAGGACGACCCCUACGACCUCCCGGCCAACCACGAGGAAGACAGCCUCAGUUACACCGAGACCAGAUCCCUCAGGGACGACUACCUCUUCAGCUCCUCUCAAGACACGUCGUAUGAGAAGGCCUGUGGGUCGGACAGGCGUGGGUCUGCCCCUGCCACGCCCAUCCUCGGGGGGCGGCACGCGGACUCCACCCCUAGCAGACUUGUGAGUUUCUUCAGCAAGCGGUCAUUCAAAAAUAACCCACUGAAGAGAACAAAGUCUGUCACAAAAUUGGAGCGAACCAAAAGAGGGAGUCGUGGAGGCGUGGGUGGCUUGCUGGAAGCUGACCCGCUCUCUUUGGGCUCCUCAGCCGCAAGACUCCGGUCGUCACGCUCCCAUGAAUCCCUUCUGUCUAGUCACAACAUGAUGAACACCCUCGAUCUAGCAGCCGGCGAGGUGACCAUCAAACCCCUGCACACCAGCGUUCUGGGGCAGGAGCACUGUUUUCAGGUAACCUCUCCAACUGGCACCCGGUACUUCAGCUGCCGGACAGCAGAUGAGAGGGACCGCUGGGUGGACUCCCUACGAAAGGCUGUCAAUCCAAACUUUGACAAUGUGCGGAGGACGGAUAACUCACUCAAAAUAUUCAUACUGGAGGCAAAGGGUGUCGCUAAUAAAAAACGAUAUUUUUGUGAGCUCAUGCUGGAUGGCUGCCUGUAUGCCCGCACUUCCAGUAAACAGAAGAGUGAGAUGUGUUUUUGGGGAGAACAGUUUGAGUUCAACAGCUUGCCUUCUGUAGAGAACAUCACUAUAUCUCUCUACAGAGAAGGAGACAAAAAGAGGAAAAAGGAGAAGAACGUGUUGGUCGGGUCUGUGAACAUACCCGUUUCCAAUGUGUCAAGUCGGAGUCACAUUGAGAAGUGGUAUCAAGUACAAAAUGACAACAGAGCCCCUAGUAAAGACAAUGCAGCCCUCAGAAUCAAAUGCAAAUUCCAAUCCAUUGACAUCUUGCCAAUGGAGCUAUAUACAAAUUUCCUGCAGUAUAUAAAGACAAACUACGGCACUCUUUGUGAACUGCUGGAGCCAGUCAUUAGUGUUAAAGCCAAAGAGGAUAUCGCAACUUCCAUGAUCCACAUAAUGCAGAGGGAAGGAAUAGCACGGAACUACUUGGCAGACUUGGUCAUGCUGGAGAUUGAGAGAAUUGAUGACUCUCACCUCCUGUUCCGUGGCAACUCUUUAGCAACCAAGUCCAUGGAAGCAUUCAUGAAACUUGUGGGGAAUAAAUACCUGCUGGACACCCUUAGGCAAGUCAUCAACAAGGUGGUGGACACAGGACUAGACUGUGAGGUUGAUCCCAUGAAAGUGCCCCAGAUUUCAUCUCUGCAGAAGCAGCAGGAAAACCUCCUGUCUACUGUACGAAUGACUUGGUCACGAGUCCUCAACUCCCAUCCCUACUUUCCUGUGGAACUUAGAGAAUGUUUCUGCACAUAUCGGGAACGCCUUACCAAGAUUGGAAAGCAGAACCUUAGUGAUAAUUUGAUAUCUGCAUCCAUUUUCCUAAGGUUCUUGUGCCCUGCUAUUCUCUCUCCCUCACUGUUCAACAUUACUCAAGAGUACCCAGAUGAAAGAGCAUCAAGGAACCUCACUUUGAUUGCAAAAACUCUUCAGACACUUGCAAACUUUACAAAAUUCCAAGGCAAGGAGAACUUUAUGGAAUUUAUGAAUGAAUUCAUUGAAAUGGAACAGGCCCAGAUGAAAUCGUUCCUGAAGCAGAUCUCAAGCCCUGCAACCCACGAUCAUAGGGUGCCGGAAUAUGACAGAGACAUUGACAUGGGCAAGGAACUCUCAUUGUUGCACACAUUCCUGACAGAAGCACUCAAGAAGCUCUCCACAUGCACCACCAAGACCAGCAUUGGAGUGGCACAACAACACGAAGUUGAAAAGCUUCGUCUCAUUCUGGAGGAGAUACGUGUGGCACAGAGUCAGCCAAAUAUCAACAUUGUACAGAGACUUUCUUCCCACAAUGCACCCACCUCUCCUAUUGGAGACCCAUCCCUGACUCAGGAGACUGCUAGAGUAGAAGACAGAGUUGGGUACCAGAGCCUUCAGAGGAAUAUCUUCCGAUACAAUGAUCCAACGGUUAGUGAUGACCACAAGCUUCUGCCACCCCCUCCAAUCAGUUUCAUCCAGUCCCCUCCAGAGCCUCCCUCUACCCCUCGUCCCUCUACCCUGCCAAGAAAUACUUACUUGAUGGGUUCUGCUCGUAAGCCAGCUGUAGAUUUGAAUACUGCUGAUGAUUAUGUACUGUUCUCUGCGCUGGAUCCUGAGGGCAAGGCAAGAGACCCCAGUGCAAUAGGGCACAGUUACAGUUACAGUCACCUUGCCCCCACACCAUCCCAAAAUACUUCUUCUCCUGUUCACAACCACAACCAUCAACACCAUCAUCACUUCCAUAAUCAUAGUACUGCUUGGUACAACAACAGACAAGUAUUCCCUAGUCACCAGCAAGUGAAUGGCCAUGGGCAAGUUCACCAAAAUGGACAUGUGGUGUCAAAUGGUAAUCCUGAGGAGUCAUUAGAUAUCAGCCAUGAAGAAAAUGAUCAGAAUUCCACCGGUGAAACUGAAGGAAACAUGAAAGGCUCACAAACAUCAAUUUCUCAGUUAUCUAAUGUAGCAUCCUCAGGUUACCAAAGCUUUGCAUAUAGCCAGUCCUCUAGCCCUGUUGACCCAUCCAUUACUCAUCAUGAUGCUGCCAAUAACAAUGCAGCAGCAAAUAAUAAUAGCAACAACAGUAAUAAUAGUAGUGGCAUGCACAUAUCACCUCACAUGACUCCACCACAGUUGUCAGCUCCUCUGGCCUUCAACAACCCCAUGUACCACCUCAAUGCAGCCACCAGCUCUCCUCGACCAGUCCCUCACCGUGGUCCUCGCAUGGCUCACCACCACCAUCACCACCACCACCACCACCUACAACAGAGUCCUCAGCAACAGCAGAGUCCAGUGAGCUCCUCCCUCAGCUCUGCACACAGCGUUGAGGACUUGCCCUCUGUCCCAACCAUCACCUCAAGCUUAGCCUCCUCUCGUGGACCCCAGCACCACUCCUCAUCCAGCGAGGACAAUACAUCACUGGCUUGCACUCCUCCUUUAGAACACCGUGGUUUCAAGUCAGGAGCUCCACGAACUAACCCCCGAUGCUUGCCUCCUGGCUGGGGACAACCAACCCUUGCACCUGUGACACCUGAUCAUCACCACUCAACUUCUGACCUCUUAGGAGGCGCUCAAUGCAGAAGAACAAAGACAGCACGUCGCCAGUCUACAGGAGUCAGCAGCAGCCGGCGGCAGCCGUACAAGUAUGACAGUGACUCUUCCAGUGAUGAACAGCAAUCCCCACCAGCUCGGGUCAGACCCCAGCGUGGCAAUCACAGAGUGUCCGAGAUGAAAACAUUAGAUGAGUAUGAGCAAGAGAUAUUGGCUCUAAGGACAGCAAUGGAAGAAAUGCACCACAAACUGGUAACAGCAGAGGAGCAGGCACAGACACGUUCUGUUAACUCUGAGGGCUCAGACGCUGUGCCACCCACCUCACCCUGUGACCCCCGGCAGCGGUCCAGCAGCACUGCCUCCCCCCUCACCCACCAUCAGCACAGCAGACACAGCCGUCAGAGCCCUCAGUGCCCACUGGCUCAGCAGACCGGCGACCAGGUUCAGAUGAGAGAGAUGAUACAAAAGUUACAGGAGCAGUUCAGGAAAGAGCAAAAGAAGAUGACAGAGCUCAUGUCAGAGAAGGAUGCACUCAUUCAGGCACAGGAGGACAGAAUCAAUGCACUUGACCGCACCAACACUCAGCUUCUUAUGGCCCUUGAGCACAUCAGGGAGCUGUAAGUCACCACCAAACGACGCAAGACUCCACUAACGCACCAAAGCUGAGAGAGUCAGUCGAGUCACCCGCUGCGGCUCAGGAAGUCAGUCAGUUGUCCGACACCAGUGACUACAAGAGCAGUUCCUGCUGAACGCUUAAUGGUCAGGAGAAUGAACCCUGUAAUAUUAUAAGCAUAUACACUCAAUUUUCAUAUCAAAGGCUAUUGUAAAGGUAUAUAUACCUACCGGCACUGGCCAAGGUAAUGUUUGGAGUCAUAGUCCUUAAUAUUGGUAUACACAGAGAUAAUUUUUUAUAUUAGUCUACUUCUGAUAUUCAUUAUUGGUGGAAACUGUUAGCACACACUUCCUAAUAGUGAAUGUUCCCUGUAUUUCCCUCACUGCAAAUGCUGCCCCAGCGCAUAUGUUGUGUGGACGUUUCCAGUUUGUUUAAUAAUCAACCCCGUGGAUUAUCUAGUUUCUUAGCUCUCAUAGGAGAUUCUGGAUAGGUAAGCUGAUCAAAUGUUAAGUAUCUCAAAGUAACCUUUUAAUUGCAAUGUAUUCUUCAUCACUUAAUUUCUUAAAUUACCAUAUUUUCAUUGUAAUGAAAACCUUAUAAGUGUACUCCAUGCCAACAAGUGUUAUAAUCAGGUUUGCAGUAUUAAGCUAUUACUAAUGGACAAAUUGUGAAAGUGUUAAAUACAGUGUAAAUUAGGCAAUAUCAGUAGUCUUGCAGGGCUGAACAGCUAGCUAGCUUCAGCUUUCCCUGGCCUUCUACUGAAAUAUUUUUGACAUAAAUAUAUUUUUCUGUCAGUCUAAACUAAGCAAAUUCUGGCUAACCUGGAAGGACUUGGUCUGGUACUGAGCUAAACUAAGAGCAACUCAGUCCAGGCACACCAUCGUAAUUUUUUAUGAUGGGUAUCCAUGGCCAAGUCCUGUAGCCAAUGCUGCCUUAUUGCUAGUAUUAUAACUUGGUGUAUGUCUCAGAAAUUGAUUUAAGAGCCUCAUAAGGUUGAAGAUACAAAGAAUAUUCAACUCUUACAAAAGGGAACUAAAAAGAUAAUUAGAUAAGACCUUUUAAGGUUAUGCAAAUGAUCUUGGCUUCUUGUGCUCUUUUUAUUAUUAUUUAUUUAUUAUUUUUUUAAUUCACCAAGAAUAAGUUAGUGUCCCCACGGCUUUGGGACCUACUGCACAAAACACUAAGUGAGGCUGAUGCUCCUGGCUGAUACACUGAAUUGAGCACUUCAUGCCUUCUGCAUCUGUUACGUCUGUACCUUGAUGUUGCCGUUGUCGCCUCUGUUCUCGGAGGUAUUUCUAACCAAAGAUUCACAUUUAUAUACUUGGAUAUAUAGAUAUAUAAUUUAUAUUGAUUGCAGUUCAAGUAUGUCACACUGAGGGCUUUAAACAUAUACAAAUGCUAAAAGUACAUAAUAUAAAGUCUGAAUGGCAGGCCUUUUCAUCAGUGUGAGCAGUGUGUGGCUGUCUUGCCAACACUGGCUCCCAUGAAAAUGUGUUAGCCCAUUCCAGAAUAAUUAUUGGCUUUUAUUAGUGUAUAUGGUGAAUGUACUCUAUUUGAGUGUAUUUAUUUCAUUUUAGUAUUCAAGUCACAGAAGACCUUCUGUAAAUGUAUAUAGUGUAAAUUUUAUAAAUUAUGUACACUGUUUGGUACCUGUUUCAUGAUCCUCCGGCACAAGCUGUUGUCUCGUUCCAACAUAGGCUAUCAGUGUAAAUAAUACUGGUGUGAAAAAUAAAAAUCUAUGUGCUAA